AGGGCAAAAUCGAUAUUCUCACGAUUCGAAACCCUAGCCCCAAAUCGCCAAUCGCCAACCUAACUAUAUAUAACCAGCGUCCCAGAUCCGGCCGUCCUGUCUCGGAAGGCUUGGGAGCGAAAGCGCGGACGCAGAGCGGCAGUCAUGGUGAACGUUCCCAAGACCAAAAAAACCUACUGCAAGAAUAAAGCUUGCAAGAAACACACCCUCCACAAGGUCACACAAUACAAGAAGGGAAAAGAUAGGUUGUCAGCUCAAGGAAAGCGCCGUUAUGACAGGAAACAGUCAGGUUAUGGUGGACAGACGAAGCCUGUUUUCCACAAGAAGGCAAAAACAACCAAGAAGAUUGUGUUGAAGCUGCAAUGCCAGAGUUGCAAACACUACUCUCAGCACCCGAUAAAGAGGUGCAAGCAUUUUGAGAUUGGCGGAGACAAAAAGGGGAAGGGAACCUCACUCUUCUAGUUCUGUCUUUUGGACAUUUUAUGCAAUUUUCAACUUCAAUUAUAAUGGUAGAUCUAGUUUGUUAUUGGAGAUCUUGAUGCUAGUUAUUCGACAAUUUAUUUGUCCUUGCUGGACAUCAUGAAUGAACAAGUAAAACGAGUAUUAAGUUGCCUUUUAUUGCCCAUGUCUUUUAUGAUAUAAAAGAAUGUACUUGCUUUUCUGGGAU